CCCCCUUAUUCUUGUUUACAAGUAUGAGCGAUUUACAAAAAAAUCUGUUGAAGUCAAAAUUACCUCCAAUUGUACCCAAAACAACAAAGGGGUUACACGGACGUUAUAAGGAUUAUUCACCGUCUCAAUGGAACCAGUUUUUUCACGAUUAUAUUGAUGUUAUGAUAGACGAAAAAUCGGUGUUUCGAUGUUAUCGAAGUAAACCAGCAGAAAAACAUGAUGCUCUACUAUUAAUACUUCUACAUGGUGGUGGAUACAAUGCUCUUUCUUGGGCAGUAUUUUCAAAAGAAAUCACUUCAAUAAUUCAUUGUGAAUGUUUGGCAAUUGACUUCAGAGGUCAUGGUAACACUGUAACAGACGACGACUACGAUCUUUCAGCUGAAACAAUGGCAAACGAUAUUAGUAAAGUUAUUAAACAACUUUAUAAAGAAUCUCCAACCAUUCCUAACAUGACACUUAUGGGUCAUUCAAUGGGAGGUUCAGUUGCGGUACAUAUUGCUCACAUGAAAUUGAUUUCAUCAUUACUAGGAAUUAUUGUCAUCGAUGUUGUUGAAGGAACAGCUUUGGAAUCUUUACAAUCGAUGCAAUCAUUUCUUCGUUCACGUCCUAACUAUUUCAAAUCGAUUCCAAAUGCCAUCGAAUGGUGCGUUCGUAGUGGGCAAAUCAGAAAUCUAGAAUCUGCCAAAGUUUCAAUGCCCGGACAAAUAAUUAAUUGUGAAACAAAGAAGCUUGCAACAGCAGAGCUUCCAUUAAAUAAUGCUGAAGAAAGUUCAACUGGUAUAACAAGUCAGUUUAGUAUCCCAGAAGAUGCGGAAGAAACUUCAGGUGAUGGCAUUUUUCAAUCACCAGCAGAAUUUAUUGCCAAAAAAUAUACUUGGAGAAUUGAUCUUUCAAGAUCGGAAAAGUUUUGGAAAGGAUGGUUUGAAAAUCUCAGCGAUAAAUUUCUGGAAGUUCCAGUUCCAAAAUUGUUAAUUCUAGCCGGAAUUGAUAACUUAGAUAAGAAGCUAACAGUUGGUCAAAUGCAAGGAAAAUUUCAACUUCAAGUACUCGCUCGUACUGGUCAUGCAGUUCACGAAGAUCAACCUCAUCAAGUCGCCGAAACUCUUGCGUCAUACUUACUACGAAAUAAAUUUGCCGAAGGAAAAUCUGAAUUUGUUUAUCAUAUGCCAGCAUGCUAGAUUGACUCAAAUUUUACUGAAACGAAAAAAUAUUGUAAUGGAAAAAGAUGUCCAUUGCAUUUAUUUAGAUUUUAGCUACUCAUAACGACGUGUUAUAAUAAUUUAUGAAUUACAAGUCAUAAUGUAUUUUUUUUCUUCAGUUUAACUAAAUGCUCAUUGACAUUGAAUAAUGUCGUCAUUAAAAUAAAAGCAUAAUUUUUAACAUU